AUGAUGAAACCUUCCACGGCAGAGACACUUCAUAAAGGAAGGAUGUUGUGGAUAAUUCUUCUAAGCACAAUUGCUCUAGCAUGGACUACACCAAUUCCCUUGAUAGAGGACUCGGAGGAGCUCGAUGAGCCCUGCUUUGAUCCAUGUUACUGUGAAGUGAAGGAGAGCCUUUUCCAUAUACAUUGCGACAACAAAGGAUUUAUAAAUAUUAGCCAGAUAACAGAGUCGUGGUCGAGACCUUUUAAACUUUAUCUGCAGAGGAAUUCCAUGAGGAAAUUGUACACCAACAGUUUUCUUCACUUGAACAAUGCUGUGUCUAUUAACCUUGGGAACAACGCACUGCAGGACAUUCAGACGGGGGCUUUUAAUGGGCUCCGGGUUCUGAAGAGGUUGUAUUUGCACGAAAACAAAUUGGACAUUUUCAGGAACGACACUUUCCUGGGUUUGGAAAGUCUGGAAUAUCUGCAGGCAGAUUACAAUGUCAUUAAACGGAUUGAAAGCGGGGCGUUUCGAAACCUAAGCAAAUUGAGGGUCCUCAUCCUGAAUGACAAUCUUAUCCCCAUGCUUCCCACCAACUUAUUUAAGUCCGUGUCCUUAACCCACUUGGACUUGAGGGGGAACCGGCUCAAAGUCCUUUCGUACCGCGGGAUGUUGGACCAUAUUGGCAGGAGCCUGAUGGAAAUCCAGCUGGAGGAGAACCCCUGGAACUGUACGUGUGAGAUCGUGCAGCUGAAGAGCUGGCUGGAGCGCAUCCCCUACACCGCCUUGGUGGGGGACAUCACCUGCGAGACCCCCUUCCACUUCCACGGGAAGGACCUGAGGGAGAUCAAAAGAAGCAAGCUCUGCCCCAUGCUCUCCGACUCCGAGGUGGAAGCCAGCUUGGGCAUCCCUCAGCUGUCGUCCAGCAAGGAGAACGCGUGGCCUACGAAGCCUUCCUCCAUGCUGUCCUCCUUCCAUUUCACCGCUUCCUCCGUUGAGUACAAAACCUCCAACAAACAGCCCAAACCCACCAAGCAGCCCAGGGCUCCCCGGCCUCCCCCGACGUCCCGGGGUCUGUACCCGGGGCCCAACCAACCGCCCGUGGCUGCCUACCAGACCCGGCCCCCCAUCCCCAUCAUCUGCCCCACCGGGUGCUCUUGCAGUUUGCACAUCAACGACCUGGGCCUGACGGUCAACUGCAAGGAGCGAGGGUUUCACAACAUCUCCGAGCUCCUGCCCAGGCCCUUGAACGCCAAGAAGCUCUACCUGAGCGGGAAUUUGAUCCAGAAAAUCUACCGCUCCGAUUUCUGGAAUUUUUCCUCUUUGGAUCUCUUACACCUGGGGAACAACCGCAUCUCCUACGUGCAGGACGGGGCUUUUAUCAACCUCCCGAAUCUCAAGAGCCUCUACCUGAACGGCAACGACAUCGAGCGGCUCACCCCGGGCAUGUUCCGGGGCCUGCAGAGUUUGCAUUACCUGUACUUCGAGUACAACCUGAUCAGGGAAAUCCAGCCGGCGGCCUUCAGCCUCAUGCCCAACCUGAAGCUCCUCUUCCUCAACGACAACCUGCUCCGCACCCUCCCCACCGACGCCUUCGCCGGCACCUCCCUGGCCCGCCUCAACCUGCGCAACAACCACUUCUUGGCGCUGCCGGUGGCCGGGGUGCUGGAGCACCUGCACGCCAUCGUCCAGAUCGACCUGAAGCUCAACCCUUGGGACUGCACCUGCGACCUGGUACCCCUGAAGCAGUGGCUGGAGGCCCUCAGCUCGGUCAGCGUGGUGGGCGAGGUGCUGUGUGCCAGCCCCGAGCGCUUGGCUCGCCGAGACCUCCGCUCCCUGGAGCUGGCGGCCCUUUGCCCCGCCGCCCUCCGUCCCCCAGCCGCCGCCGCCGCUUCGCCCCCCGCCGCCCCUUCGCCCCCCUCCGCCACCGGCCCCGCCGCCUACGAGCUCCCGACCUCGGCCGCCGCCGCCGUGCCGCUCUCCGUCCUCAUCCUCAGCCUCCUCGUCCUUUUCUUCUCCGCCGUCCUGGUGGCCGCCGGGCUCUUCGCCUUCGUGCUGCGCCGGCGGCGGAGGAAGCUGCCGUUCCGCGGGCCGCGGGGGGAGGCGGCCGACCUGGGGGGGGUCCCGCUGCGAUGCCCGCGGCUCUGUGAGGAGGGAGGCGGCGAGGGAGGCGGCGGGGGGGCCGGCGGGGAGAGGUCCCCGGAGAAGGCACCCCCGGCGGGCCACGUCUACGACUACAUCCCGCACCCGGUGACCCAGAUGUGCAACAACCCCAUCUACAAGCCGCGGGAGGAGGAGGAGGAGGAGGCGGCGGGGGGCGGCGGGGGGGAGGCGGCCGAGCUGCUGCGGGGCCCCGGCGAUCGCUUCGCCGUCGCCGCCGCCGCCGCCGUCCAGGAGCCGGGAAGCAACUACCGCACUUUGCUGGAGAAGGAGCAGGAGUGGAGCCUGGCCGUGUCCAGCUCGCAGCUCAACACCAUCGUGGCCGUCCAUCCCCAGCACCCCGCGGGCGGCGGGCUGGCGGCGGGCGGCGGAGGGCUCGGGGUGGGGGGAGCGGCGGCGGCGGGAGGUGCCCCCCGGGACCGCGACCGCCCCCCGCCCUGCGCCGUGGGCUUCGUGGACUGCCUGUACGGCACCGUGCCCAAGCUGAAGGAACUGCACGUCCAUCCCCCUGGCAUGCAAUACCCGGACCUCCAGCAGGACGCCAGGCUGAAAGAAACCCUUCUCUUCGCGGCCGGCAAGGGCUUCUCAGACCACCAAACCCCCACAAGCGAAUACCUCGAGUUAAGGGCCAAACUCCAAACCAAGCCGGAUUACCUCGAAGUCCUGGAGAAGACCACGUACCGGUUCUGA